AAGUAAACCAAAGUAUGUAAACAUUAAGGAUGUAAACCAAAUGGCAGACUAACAGAGAACUCCUUCAUUUUCUAAAAUAACUAAUAAAUGUACACGGAGUUGUGGGCACUCGUCUUAAACCCACCCACGGAGGAAGUCAUUGAACCUAGCGUGACAUUACACUUCCUGUUUGGUAUAAAAAUAAAACGUUUCAGGAAAAUAAUCCGUCAACCAACUAUGUCCAUGUUUAAUGUCACAUGUUAAAUAUGUAGAAAGAAAAUGGAACAAAACACGUUUUCUGUGUGAAAUAAACCACGUUGUGUUUUCCACGGUUUGACGGACGGUACGUGAUUAUGCUACAUAACGGAAAAGUAACGUAACAGCUAAGUUACAGCUAAUGCAGCUAUUUCGUAUCAAGUAAACAUGAGCCACACGUUGGGCAAGGAUCCAUCUUCUGAAACAACCUGCUGCAAAUGUUUAAACCAUCCUGAGACAGAUGGGCAGCACAGAAUGAAGCGACUGAAGACCAUCAGGGAGAGGAGACGGAUGAGAAGCGGAGGGAAAAACGCAGCAAAGACAAAAUCACAUCACCAUCGCUGCUGUCGCCAAGCCAGUAAAGACACAGCACAUUCCUGUAACUGCUGCCUAGGUGGCUGCAAUCCAAGAAGAGAGCCACUAUUUGCAAAGGUGGUUCCUGCUGCUCAGGAGCCCAGCAUCAUCACAGACCACCGCCUGAUCGGACACCACGGCCUGUUCAACCAUGAGGUGAAGUCUGUUGACAUUGAGCGCUUGUUAAGUAAGCAGAGGAAGCUGGACAACGCUCAAGAGAAAACACACAAAGAGAAUCCUAAUCUUUCACAUCCGUCUCCAGCAUCUCCAGCAUCUCCAGCAUCUCCAGCAUCUUGCGGUAAUGCUUUGGUGGACGAUGAAGCUGCUGAGAAUUUGCCAUUUGAGGACAAAAAAGAACCUUGGUCUGACACUAGUGCUGACUGUCAGGAAAUACAGGAGAAAAUCAGCCGUGGAGCAGAUCUCACACCCGCACAGAGACCCCAGCAGCAACGUCAUCGUUCACCUGACAGCUACAGAAGCAUCUUCUCAUCCAAACACAGCUUUCUCGAUGUAGUAAUCAGCACGGAUAAGAAGAAGGUCGACUCGGUCACACGUGAAAAGGACAAAGAGUCUCCUUUGUCUCUCACGCUCGACGACGUGGAGACACCGGUGACUCCGGAGAACAAGGCUCCAGCUGCUCCACAAACACACACCUGUGGCGUCAGCCCGAGCUCACCUCCGCUCUCGAGCUUUGCCACGCAGCACGGAGGAGAAGAUCCCGCGUGUGUGUCUUUCAUCACAGCGACGGCAGCGCGUCUGUGCGACAGUCUCCAGCUCCCACGUCUGUGGAGGAGAGACCUGCUGGCAGAGAGCAGAGAGAGGCUGUUGAUGGUUCUGAGGGCGAGGCGAGGACCGUGGCUUCAGGAGAACCUCCUCACGGAGCAGAGACACGUCACUUUUGGUCCUGAUCAGGAUCAUAGUCUGGAUGGAGAUGAAGUCUUGUCAGCAGCAUGCCAUGUCGACACUGUUGAUCAGUCUGCUUUUGACUCCCAGAAAUCCACAAAAAGCAACCUAAAGCCACACCAGAGCAUGAAAUGGACUGCUGAUUGGUCGACAUGUCCCACCAGUUUUUUGGAUGAUAUCCUCAGGCCCAGGUCCUCUCCUCAGUUCUGCAUGGACUUUGAACCCAGCGGAGCUUCAGCACGUGAGCAUCUGUCUCCUCCGUGUCUCACGUCAUGCAGGACAGAAAAAGCCUCAGUGUCUCAGCACUGGGACAAAAGUCUCUUCAGGCCAAAGUGCAGAGAGCUGCCGGGUUUUGAUUCCUUUGAAAACCGCUUCAUGAACCACGGCAGAACAGUUGGAGAGAGGCGAUGUGUGCCUUGGUUCAAAGACACUCGGCCCUCUUUUUCUUACCAAACACAGCCAGUGCAUUUCUCCCUGGAGUCUGACCCGUUCACAACUGACCGACGUUCUUUUCCUCCUCCGUUCUCCACCCACAUGCCCAAUCCUGAUCCGAGCAGCCAUCUCCAGACUCACAGACGAUCCAGUCACACUGCCGCCGAACCUCUCCUCAGCUCUCACCACUCAGACAUGAUUCAUUACCCUCCGUCUCACAUGCUGGACAGAAGCCCAGCACCUUCCCCCUUUUCUUUAAGCCCCGAGCACUGGUCCUUUCCUCCGAUGAAACUCUACUAAUGUGUCGUCUACAUGAAGCCUUAAUUCACAACAUUUAGCCUUUUCUUUGUUCACAGUGAUGCUGUGUUUCUUUUCUAGUUUGAACUCACUCACCCACUCUCGAUCUCAGGUUUUUGACCUCACAUACCCUGACUUCACGUAAAUCAGCCGAACACAUAAUACUGUUUCAUUUUUAACUGUAGACACAUUGCAUCACUAUUUGUGUGUGUGUGUAAAAUACCGUGAGUGUUGUUAUCAUCUGGUAUUGCUAACAGUGGCUAACCCGAGACACGUUUCCGACUUCUCGAUUGGUACGUGGCAAACGUCACUCCUAAUUUCUUAUAUUCAUAUGAUCAUAAAGUCUUAAUUUUAAUAGCAAAUGUUUAAUCUUUUAUUCCCUUUUGUCAUUUAUUAGAAAAAGAAUUUCACAAUUAUGUAUUGUUUGCAUAUUUG